UGCGCUUUAAAUUUGAAAGCAAACUGGACAUAACAACAGUGAAACUUGAUCUCAAGCUAAUCUUAAUUCGCGCUUCCGGAGAUGGAGCUAGCGUGCUCAUCUUGUUGCUCUCAUCGGAUUUCACCCGUGUUUAAUUACAAGAGAACCCUUGCACGCUCAAUAAAAUUAUCCAGCUGGUCCACCUGCAAAGCUGCUUACUCUGCCCUAUUUAAACCUUCCGAAACCUUUCCUUCCUCAGAUGGGAUUCGGAGUUCUAGAACCUUCUCGAAAUCUGCUUCAGUCAAACUGUGCAGACGCGGUUCCGUCUUGGCCUUCUCUCAAGUUGGGGCUGCAGGAUAUGAUCCAGGAUUGAAUAAAAUUUCACAGUUCAGAGAUGCCUUUUGGAGAUUUUUACGGCCCCAUACCAUACGCGGUACCACGUUAGGAUCUGUAUCAUUGGUAGCAAGAGCUCUAAUCGAAAACCCAAAUCUAAUUAGGUGGUCAUUGUUACUCAAGGCGUUUUAUGGGCUCUUUGCUCUCAUUUGUGGCAAUGGCUAUAUAGUGGGCAUCAAUCAGAUAUACGACAUUGGAAUUGACAGGGUAAACAAACCUUAUUUACCUAUAGCAGCAGGAGACCUUACGGUUCAAUCUGCAUGGAUCUUGGUGAUAUUGCUUGCUGUGGCUGGACUCUUUAUUGUCGGGAUCAACUUUGGUUCAUUUAUUGGUUCUCUUUAUGCUCUUGGUCUCUUCCUUGGCACCAUUUACUCUGUGCCUCCUUUUCGCAUGAAGAGAUUCCCAGUUCUAGCAUUUCUUAUAAUCGCAACGGUGAGAGGGUUUCUUCUCAAUUAUGGUGUUUAUUAUGCCACACGAGCAGCUUUAGGGCUAAGCUUUGAAUGGAGCUCACCUGUUGCUUUCAUUACAAGUUUUGUCACGAUGUUUGCUUUGGUUAUUGCCAUUACAAAGGAUCUGCCUGAUGUAGAAGGUGAUCGAAAGUUUCAAAUUUCUACCUUUGCUACAAAGCUUGGUGUGAGAAACAUUGCAAUUUUGGGCUCUGGGCUAUUGCUGGUAAAUUACUUUGGUGCUGUAUUGGCUGCAAUUUACAUGCCUCAAGCUUUCAAAAGCAGAUUAAUGAUACCCUUACAUACAACAUUGGCAGUAUGUUUAGUUUUCCAGGCUUGGUUACUGGAGAAAUCAAAUUAUACUAAGGAAGCAAUUUUAGAAUUCUACCGGUUUAUAUGGAAUCUCUUCUAUGCAGAGUAUUUGUUGUUCCCUUUCUUCUAAAUAAAUAAACAAGUGUUAGUUUUAGUUAUCAAUGAUAACAUUCCUAGGGAUGUUGUUCAUGGAUUUAAUAAAUAAGGUGAAUGCAAAACCCUAAGAGAAGUGGAUUCAAAGUGUUCAACCAAUUUAUAAGAUAACGGAGCUUCAAAGUUUGGCAACUUCAAAUGAAAAACCCAUACGUAAGAUGGGUUGAGAACACACACCUUCAAAAAGGUUGUUAUCGUUACUAGUUUUAGUUUGGGUUUUCCCUAUAAUAUUAACAUGGCCAUUGUGCACUAAAAAUCAUAUUCCUAUCUAUUAUUAUGACAAUUGUAAUACGGAGCAUGAGAAACUGCCUAACUUAAAAAACACCCAAUUACACCCACAAACUUUAGAAAAGAUCAAAUGUAUAAUUUAAUUGGUUAAGGUCUAGUUAAUCAGUUACUCUGACAGUCUGACAUGAUGACUACAGUCCUCAUGUUUAUUGUUCUUUAUUGUUAUUGUUAUUGUUAUUGUUAUUGUUAUUGUUAUUGUUA